AUGUCAAAAUCACGGCUGGAGGCGAGGGUACUCGUUGCAAAAGCAACCUAUCGAAACAAAUUACUGAAAAAGUAUACAUUGCGACACAUGACAGUCGCCACAUACAUUUCAUAUGUAGAGAUCCGAUUGAACCGAAACCAAAACACGCCAUCUGUCUUCUGUCUCUAUGAAAACUCUACCGAAAUUUCCACAAAGAACCAUAUCACUCGAGCCUCCGUUUUGUCACGCCCACUUGGUCACUACUUUGUUCUCCACCCGCCGCAAAUAAAGCCAACCCCAGCCUUUUCUAACACAACCUAUAGACCCAUAUCCGCGGCCCGCACAGUUAUACUUGACUCUUGUGCACUAACCUCCAUCAAGUUCAACUUUCCCCCAACAACUAGGGGAAUUGAUGCUAUAGCUAGACUUCACAGCUCAUCCCCCACAUGA